AUGGCCUUCCAGCAUCAGGGGGCCUAUGCCGGCCCGUACGCAGAUCAGCGCGGCGGGUUCGGUCGCGGCCACGGGCAGGAGGCUCCGCACCCGCCUGCCGCCGUCAACUAUUCCUCCUACGCUGCCAGCAUGAAUGCCGACGCCACCUUCCAUCCGCAAGGCGGAGGUUGGAUGCACGGCCAUCAGGCACCGUCUCAGGCUCAUGCGCAAGCCCACGCGCAAGCUCAGGCGACGAUGAUGCAGCAGCACCCGGACGAGUACGCUGCUCAGAUGGGCAUGUGGCAGCCUCCGCAGGCCCCGAGGAUGAGUGCGGCCGCCGCGCGAGCCUCGUCGCUCGCCGCGGCCGCCGGCGCAUACUCCGCCGGCUGGUACGGCGGCCACGGCUAUCCGUAUGGCGGCGGCCAUUUCGCGCCAGCACACCAUGGCGGUCCGUGGUAUGCCUCCGCCGGUGGUCACCCGAUGCUCGCGCGCCAGCCUCAGACCCACCAGGAUCUCGAACAUCAACUGAUCCUCCAUCACCAGCUGUCCAAGCUGCAGCAGGAAGAACACCACCGCGCCGACCAGUCCCGCCAGCCGCAAGCGGCCCAUGUCCCCGACCGCCAGGUCUACCCUGACCACCGCCACGUCUCUCACCACCACCACCACCAUCCCCAUCACCCGCACCAACCUACUCAUCAUCAACCCCAGCACCUCUCCGAGCGCCUCGACUACGAGGAUCCUCGCGGCUUCGCAGCCGAUGAUCGCCAUGCCGCGGACUGGCAUGGACGCGACCCGUACAAUGCAGCCAGCACGGCGGGCCACUUCCGGGGAGGCAACGAUCGCUGGUCCUCGGGCCGGCCUCAGCGGGGUGAUGAGCCGCUCGAUCACGUCAACCAUGCCAUUCGACGUGCCGAGGCUCAUCGCGCCGCGCAGGAGUGGCAGGAUGGCCGCCCCGUUGCUGGAGCCUGGACGCAGGCGCCCGUCGGUGCCAUGGCUCCAGGCGGCUUCGCUCAGCAACUCCCGCCCAUGCAGGAUGUGUAUGCUCCUCGACCGCAACUGCAACGCGAUGACGUCGGCUUUGGCGGUGCCCACGGGCCGACUUCCGUCUACCCAGACCGUCGGAACGGCUCACACGCCGCUGGAUGGGAACAUGCUCCCCACCAGCGCGCUGACCGCCACCAUCGGAACGACCAGUCGCGCUACGACGCUCGGCAUUGGGGUCGCGUCCAGGACAGCGAGGAGGCUGCCUAUCACGCCGACGGAGGCCACCAGCGCUGUCCGCCGCGCGGCGACGCGGAGCUCCCGUAUCACGACCAGUAUGGUCGCAGGCAGCCGUUCGAAGGCGCCUUCCGGGAUGCUCAGCUCGAUCCUGGCCGCCGCGGCGCUUUCGUCGGGCUUGGCGAUGUGGCCAUGUCCGCGCAGGCCAAGGACUGGAACCCUGCCGCAUCUCGGCUUGAAUCCCAUGCGAUGGCCGAGGACGUUGACCAAUGGGGUCGAGCUCGUGACCAGCAUCACAUGCAGCGCGCUGCGGAAGUCGAGAGGGACGCCAAUGCUGCUGCUGCUGCUGCUGCUGCCGCCGCCGCCGCCGUCGACCGUACUGCGGUGCCGGAAGACCACCCGCACGUACCGCCGCCGAGCGCCGAGAUGCCCGACGCCCAGUCCAAGGGUCCUGCCCCUCCUUCGCCCGACACCCUGGACAAGUCGUCCGUGCCCAUCGCCGCCUUUGGUGCUCAGGUCGUCUGGAAUGCGUCUGCCGCCUUCUUCGACGCCGGCAUCCUCUUCCAAGCUCAGGAGGUCGAAGAAGAAGCUGCCGCAUUCGCCUACGGCAACGAGGGCAGCGACGACACUCGAUCGGGCGGUGGUGGUUCGGUCCCUUCGAGCUCGUCGACGCCGUCGCUCGCGACUCCCUUGCUUUCGCCGUGGUCGACCGCCAACUUGCUCAAGAGUCAGCCUAGGGACUGGAAUGCCUUCCAGUCGCCCUUUGGCCCGGAAAGCACCGCUGCGCUGCGCACGGCCAACCCGGGACUGGGUCUGUCUGGAUCCAGCGGCAUCGUCAACACCGAGUCGGUCAGCCAGCUCCACCGCCUCGCGGUCGGCGCCAGCAGUGCCUCCAAGCUCGGCGGCGCUGGUGCCCACGCCUCGAACGCCGCCGCCACCGCAGCAGACGCCCGCCGUCGACACCGGAUCUCGAGCGGCUCGACUGGCGGACACAGCUCUGGUGCGAGUUCUGCCACAAGCUCGGAGCCCGGGACGCCAUCCUCGCUGGGCAGCCACAGCCCUUCGCUCAACCCGAUUGCGGGCACGCGGAGCGACGGCGCGACGUACUCGGCGCCCCACCCGCCCGUCGGGCUCGGGCUCGAUCGCUCGCAGUCAGAGUCGGCGGUCUACCCGCAUGGCGGCAGGGCGGCGCGCAAGGCGUCCAGCUCGCCCAGGUGGGCCGACCGCGCGCGUGACAGGAUCCUCUCUGCGCUCCGCCUCGUCUCUCCCGAGUGGCGUUGGAGCGCCAACCCGGAGGACUUUGUCUCGCUCGUAACCGCCAACGACCAAUUCGAUGGCAGCCGGAUGCAUCGCUCGCCCGCGCUUGGCGGAUCGGCCCUCCGCAGCCGAUCUCCGCGCGACUCGGUCGUCGGCGCCGUCUCGACACACGCCAGCGAGCCGAGUCCGGCCUUCCGCCGCUUUGCCCACCAGGUGCUCGCGCAGACCCUCCUCUCCCCGACGGCCUUCUUGCUCGGCAUCCUCUACGCGCUGCGCCUGCCCUACCUCGCUCUGAUGGCUGAUGGCUCAAUGGAUCCCGAGGCGGUCGAGCUGUUUGCCCAGCCCACGUCGGCGGCGCCCUUCAAGCUGUUCACGCUCGGCAUGAUGAUCGCCAACAAGCACCUCGACGACAACACGUUCACCAACAAGACGUGGAACGAGGUGACGGGCAUCCCGCUCCUCGAGCUCAACCAGAUCGAGGCCUACUUCCUCAAGCGCUGCAACUACGAGGUGGCGGUGCCCGACGACACCUGGGUGGCCUUCCUGCAGAAUGUCAAGGCACGCGAGGAGGUGAUGGCCAUCGACGAGCGCGCUACGGGCAAGUCUACCGGCGGCGAGGCACGCCGAUCGUCGUUUGAUCGCACGUCGCUUGUCGCGGCCGGCGACCAGGAAUGCCGCAAGCGCAUGCUGCUGGUGCUCGAGGAGGCUCUCGCGCCCUUUGAAGCGGACCCACAAUUUAGCCUCGAUGGGCCGCCGCCAGCGGGGGAGUCGGACAGGAUUGACGACGCCGACGAUCUCGCCUCCGCCGCUGCUGCCUCGGCGCAGGCCCAGGCGUCGAACGCGUGGGGCAGGAUGCAAGAACGACGCCCCUCGUCGUCGCUCCACGCCCAUCAUCAGCACUGCCACUCUGCGCCCGCGAUUGCGACGGGCAUGUCGGCGAUCAAGGGCGGCGCCGCGUCCGACGUCGCCAAAGGCAACAAACACGUCGUCGCUGACGGCCGCGAAGGCGGUGACGACGACGACGACGACGCGUUCGACGACGAGUACUCGCCCUUUCCACCGUCGCAGCACGGCGCGGCAGAGCCCCAGCGCAGCGGCCUGAACCGGACCCAGUCCGACUUUGACGGCCGACACUGCCGACCGCUGGCGUCGUCGUCGCUGUCGUCGCUUCGGUCGCACGGUCCGUCGUCGUUCUCUGGGCCGCUGGUGCCCUCUGCGCUGCUCAAUGGCGGUCGCGCCUUGCUUCACGGUGGCAGCGCGUUUGCCCCGCUGGCCACGUCGGCCUGGUCUCACAACUGA